GACCAGACACAUAAGCACAAAUCGUGGGUGCCAUGCCAGCGACCAUGAGAGGUUUGCACUAUUCCCAAGAAGCGCCGCUACAUCCGCGGAUCAUGUCGUGAGGUGUGGCCGCCGACGCUUCGGAUACUGCCAGUAGACACUCCGAGGAGGGCAAACGAAAAUGUCCGCCUCAGUGGGGCCCCAGGGCGGCCCUCGCCCACCCACCGCGCCCGCACAAUCCAUGCCGGAUAUGCCGGACCUAAGUCACCUCACGGAGGAGGAGAGGGAAAUCAUCAUGGCAGUGAUGGUUCGGCAAAAGGAGGAAGAGGAUAAGGAACAAGCCAUGUUAAAGACGCUGCACCAGCAGUUCGAGAGCUACAAGGAGCAGGUGCGGCGCAUCGGUUCCGACACCCAGCGCCGACGGCAACAGCAGCAGCAGCAGGCGGCUCCGGCGACGCCCGCCACCACCACCGCCACCACCGCCGCCCCCAUCGCCGUCACGGGCGCCAAGGACGACGCGCCCACCUGCGGCAUCUGCCGCAAGACCAAGUUCGCCGACGGCUGCGGGCACCUGUGCUCCUACUGCCGCACCAAGUUCUGCGCCCGGUGCGGGGGCCGCGUGUCGCUGCGCUCCAACAACGUAAUGUGGGUAUGUAACCUCUGCCGGAAGGAGCAGGAGAUCCUCAUCAAGUCGGGAGAAUGGUUUUCGGGGCCGGAGGGGCGUUCGGCCAGCCCAGGGGGGCCCCUGAGCGCCGGGGCCGGUGAGGGGGGUGCGCCGCAGCUGCGGGACAAGCGUCUCCAGCGCACGCGCUCGCAGGCGCCACCGUCCACCGACGGGCAGCACGCGGCCGGCGUCGCCAUCGGCGACCGCACGCGAGGCGCCGACACGAUGCCCGCCUCGCGCUCGAGAAGCGAACCGCCGCGAGAAAAGAAGCGACCGGUGUCCCUCCACGAGCAGAACGGAAAGGUGAUUGGCCGAGGAGAACGGAGGCGGGUCCCCGGGAAGCAGUCGUCCGAGGAGCGUCCCCCGGGAGACAGGCGGCGCCUGGAGAAAGCCCACAGCCAGGAGGAGGAGCCCGGCGGGUUGGACGGGACCGGCGGACAGCCGCCGCCGCCGUCGUCGUCGUCGGACCCGCGGAGGCGCUCGGCCCAGGACGAGGAGGCCGAGCGGCAGCGGCAGCGCGAGGAGGAGUUCCAGACGCGUUACCGCAGCGACCCCAACCUGGCGCGCUACCCGGUCAAGCCGCAGAAGGAGGAGCAGGAGAUGCGCAUGCACGCCAAGGUGUCCAAGGCGCGGCACGAGCGCCACCACAGCGACAUGGCCCUCAACGAGAGAGGGGGGGCCUCGCUCCGCCCGGAGAGGCGGCGGCGGCCCCGGUAUGGACGAUCGCAAGAUGCUCAUGGACAACCACCGGGCGUACUCGGUGGAUAG